UCCAGCCUGACAUGAAGACAGACUCUCGUCUUCGGAAGCAGACACCGGGGAAAGACUCGGUCGGUGUUUCCGUAUCUGCAGACUGAUGGUGCAAAGGGUGCAGUGCUUUUUUUGGGGAAAUGCAUUUUUGGUCGAUGUCCAUCUGAUUCAUGAGACAUUCACAUGGCUUCACUGUGCGUCAGUGGGAGUGAUGCACCUGCACCUGCACCUGCAGCAAAUGAAUGAGGAUCCUGGGCUGUUGCAUAUUUUUUUUUUAUUGAACGUCAUAUCUCUUUACCUGUUUUUACCUCACGUUUGUUCAGUCUUGCCAAGAACCUCAUAUGCAACCAUUCUCUAAGAAGAUAUCUCUUCUCCUAUUCUACCUCAUUUCAUUUAUUUUAAGCCAUGGAAUUCAAUGCCAUUGCAAGGACUGAUGUCAUACGGAGCUUUAGGAUAUAUAUAUUUCAAACGAGAAAGGCUUUUAUUGUGCUCUAAAAGCACACGUUUAUUCUUAUGCAGGUUGAAACAUUAUGCUCUUUUGUGCUCACAAGGGAUCAAAGUCAUCAUAACAAGGGUUCAGGUGUCCUCGUGUUCGAGUAAAUAAGGAUAAUUACAAACCUGUGGCAUGCUCGAUCUCAAGAUGAAGGAGACGUGUCGCAUCUGUGGACGGGAGCUCUGUGGUAACCAGCGGCGAUGGAUCUUCCAUCCCAGCCCCAAGCUCAACCUGCAGGUGCUGCUGUCUCACGCUCUUGGGCGAGAGCUGACCCGGGAUGGCAGAGGAGAGUUCGCCUGCUCAAAGUGCACCUUCAUGCUGGACCGCAUGUACCGCUUCGACACAGUGAUCGCCCGUGUGGAGGCCCUGUCCAUCGAGAGGUUGCAGCGUCUCCUGCAGGAGAAACACAGGCUGAGGCAGUGCAUCGGUGGUCUAUACCGGAAAACAAAUUCAGAAGAGGGUGUUGUGACAUUACCUGGAGGUAAUGAUGGAUCAGGAGAUGGGAUGGUUGACAUUUCCGGUCUCACUCAUGCAAAGUACUGUGCCCUGCUCCAGGAUGAUCUGGUCUACUCUUUGUAUGAGUCCUGGGCCGAUGACAGCCCGGACUGUCAACAACAACACCACCACCACCACCACCACCCUCAGAGUUCUGCUGUUCCAGAGUCAGAGGUUACAGUUGCAGGCUCACAUCGUUGUGCUCACAGCACUCCCAGGAGGUGUCGGGGUUGUUCAUACUGGCGGGUGGCGGACUCUGACUAUGAAGCUGUUUGCAAGGUGCCCAGGAAGCUGGCACGGAGUAUUUCUUGUGGGCCGUCAUCCAGAUAUUCCAGUGUUGUUGGAGUGAGUGUGACUGGAGGAGGAGGAGGAGGUGGUGGAGAAGAUGGAGUAGGAGAAAAUAAUAAUUUUGAAGAUUCAGAGGAACCGCCCUCCUCUUUAACUCUGGUCCCUGGUUCUCAGGACCCCUCGAGGACAUCAGAUAGUGAUCGCACCCUGGCUGGACGAGCCAGCUCCAGCCCCUCUAUAGCAUCCUUAGAGACGACUGAGGAAUAUAUUCAGCCUGGAGCUAUAACGGAUGGUCUGCUGAGCUCCCCUAGGGAACUAAUAGAUGACCGGAUAUCUGACUCCCUCUAUGAGGAGCACAUGGGAGCCCCACAUGGCCAAGCCUCACACAGACCCAGCUUCUCUCUGGCCCUCUGUUUGCUACAGAGCUACGCUGCCUACCGACCAGUCCCAAGCUCUAAGGGGAGUAAGCUGCCAGUGCUUCUCCGACAGAGCUACAGCAAUGGAGGCUCAAGGCUGGUCUUCCCUGAUCCUGUUCUGGGAAUGUCUUAUGGAACUCCAGAGGGAGAAAGAGACAACCACAUGCCAACACCUGAGCUGGAGACCCCUCUGAUCAGGCUGGCUGAUCAGGAUCUGAACCUGGCUUACAUGGAGGAUUUGUUGGAAGAUUUGUACAAAGAGUAUCCUCCCCCACGUCCUCACCAGAGCCUCGUUGAGGAGCAGCAGAGUCAACUGAACCAGUAUGAGUGUGCAGCGGGUCAAUGUGUCAGCGAGCUGCAGAAGGCCCAGCUCCAGGUCCAAUCCCUGCAGGCCAAGAUCCACGAGGGCGAGGCCAACAACAUGAAACUGCAGGAGAAGCUGAAUGAGAUGGAGUGUGAGCUGCGUUCAAUCCGCCAGGCUGCUCAGAGUCAGGAAAGAACCAUCCAGGGUCUCACAGAGUCCAACAGCACCAAAGACAGUGAGGCCCAGGAGCUGUACCAGCUGAUGGAAGGGCAAAACGCCACACUGUGUAAGCUGAGAGAAAUGGUCCACCGCAACCAGCUCGCUCAAUACAAGGCGCCAGCGGGGGUCAGCGAGACUGUGACGCUUGCCCAGCUGCAGGGCGAGCUGGUGGGGGUGCAAAGCUCCUUGUUCUCCCUUGGUCUGGAGCUGGAGGCCAGCCAGAGGAGCCUGAGACAGAGCCAGAGGCAAGGAGACGACCUGUCGAGGUUCAAGGACAGACUCAACUCUGAUCUACAGGAGGUGCAGCAGCACAGGGAGGUCACUGAGAAGCACAACCAGGACCUGCGCUCCGCCCUGCAGAAGACUCGCUCUGAGCUUCAGGCUAAAGAAGCAGCUCUGAAGGAGGCCGAGGCGGAGAGACACACCGUGGUGCAGGAGAAAGACAGGAGCAUCACACAGCUCAAACACUCUCUGCAGGACAAGGAGAUGCAGAUACAGGAGUACUCAGAGAUGUUGGAGUCAACAGGAAGCUCCAAACCAAGAGAUGCCCUGCUGGAGAAACUAAGAGAGCGUAUUAAGGACAGAGACAGAGCUCUGGAGCGCUCCAUUGAUGACAAGUUCCGCUGUGUGGAGGAGCGCGAGGGCCAAGUGAGGAGGCUACAGCUGGCCCUCAGGGAGAAGGAACGGGACCUGGAGAGACUCCGCUGCAUUCUGUCCAACAACGAGGAGACCAUCACGAGUCUGGACGCCCUGGUGCGUGGCAAAGAGCUGGAGCUGGAGCAGGCGGCCGAGGCCUACAGGAACCUCCAGUGGCUGAAGCAGCAGAGCGAGGAGAAGGAGAGAAACACUCUGAGAGAGAAAGACACCAUCAUCAGCCAGCUACAGGCAGCUCUACAGUCACACAGCCUGGAGGCACAGGACCUCACAGCCACACUCGUUGCUAGAGUUCAGGCCGGUCCCGCUGAGGUUAUAGAGGAGCUGAAGGCUCGGCUGGCGCUCAAAGAAAAACUCUUCCAGGAACUGCUCUCGGACCGCAGCCGCCAGUCUAAUGAACACCAAGCACAGGUCCAGGAAAUGCUCAACACUCUUAGCUCCAAAGACCAGUAUCUGCAGGACUACUCCUACAGGCUCUCCCUUGUGAUUAGUGAGCGCACUGGCCAGCUGCAGGAGCUACGCAGACUGCUGUCAGCUAGAGAGCAAGAGCUGCGCGAGCUGAAACAGGACAAGGAGAAGGAGAUGGGAGGAGAGGCUGAGCAUCUACGGAGUCUGCUCAAAGAGAAGGAAGCCUUUAUCAAGGAGCUGAUGCAGGGCCAGGAGGAGUCGAUGCAGACAUCCUCCAAAGAAUCUGAGGCAGAGAUGAAUACUUUGCAGGAGGAGCUGCAGCUGGUACUGAAGAAGGAGAGGGAGGCUCAGAAGGAGAUCUCUGCUCUGCGUUCAUCUUUGGCUCGCCAGCAGGACAAUAAGGACAGCGCUGAUCACCAAUGUGUGCUGGAGCAGCUUGUGUCAGAGUACAACAAGCUGAAUGAUGCACUGAGGGCCGAGAAGAGAUUAUACCAAAAUCUCACACACAUGCAAACCAAGAGUGACAGCUCUGAGAAGAUCCAGGCCCUCCACACUGAGCUAGACUCUGUUCAGGCACUCCGCAGACAGCUGGAGGAGGUCCUAGCCAGGACCAGUAACAUGGCCCUGAUGCAGGAACGGGCAGCUAAAAAGCAGCCUGACUUUGGAGAGCUCAGCACAGACGAGGAGGGGGGGGAGGAGGAGGAGGAAGGAGACGAUGAAGAUGGCACUAGUGACGAGUUUACGGACAGCAUAGAGGAGGAUGAUGAUAAAGUGACGGCCAGAAGUUUGGCCCCCAUUCAGGCUCGUGGAGCUGUGGGUGUGAUUGGUCCGCUGGUGUCCCAGAGAGCUGAGUUAAAGCAGCUUGAGGAAGCAAGGAAGACACUCGAAGAUAUACGGUUACAACUGGAGAGGGAUGGAUACACCUCCGUGGCUCAGAUGAGGAGUGCCCUGCAGAGGCUGCAGCAGGAGAACCAGGCUUUGAAAGAAACCAGAGGACGAGCUGGAGUUGUGGGGCUGAGGAAAAACCUAGAGAGGAAUCACAGGAGUCUGAAUCAGGAAGAGGAGAAAGAAGAGGAGGAGGAUAUUCAGGAAGAAGAUGAAGAGGAGGAAAGAUCUCCAGUGGCGGUGGGAAAGCGAAGUCAUCCGUGUGUUAGUCUGAGUGACGAACGAGGAAAGAGGCACUGCAAGGGGCCGCGCUCUCUGACGUCCCAUCAUCACCAUCACCAGCCUGAGACGGAGGUGGAGCCUGCUGGUGACAACCUGGAGGAGGGAGCGCUCUGGCAGGAUAUAGAGGAGGGUCUCCGUGAGCAGGCGGCCUGCCUGAGCUCCAAUCUGGCUCUGAGAAACCAGGAAAACAGAGAACUGCAGGAAAGGCUGAUGGUGUCUGAAGCCACGGUCCACGCUCAGGCUGAACAACUGAAGGAUUACAGAGAUCUGCUCACGGAGACAUCGGUCCAGCAGGCCAGUAAGCAGGUGCAGGUGGAUCUCCAGGAUCUGGGUUAUGAGACUUGUGGUCGCAGUGAGAACGAAGCUGAGAGAGAAGACGCCAGCAGCCCAGAGUUUGAUGACCUGGAGAUGUGCACAUCGCUGUCCCAUAACCAGGACUAUGAGGGUGCGUGCGGCAGCUUGUACGCUGGCAGCAGUAAUGCUGGUGCUUAUGAAAUGGAGGAAGAGUCAUCCUCUCUGCAGCAUCUGGUCCAGGACCUCCGCUCACAGCUGACCCGCUGCCACAAGGUGAUUCGUGGGCUGCAGCUCCGUGUCCGCUCCCUGUCUACCACCAGUGACUACGCAUCCAGCCUAGAGCGAACCCCACGCAAGGUAAACUGGGCCUUUGAGACAUCACCAGCCCCCAGCGGUGUGGAAGAGGAUGAAGGAUGGAUGUCUGACAACCAGGGCAUUCUCUCAGGGUCCAAACCCAGCAGGGAACUGCAAGAACUGAUGGCACGAGUUGCGUCACUCGAGGCGCAACUGAAGAGCUCCAGACUGGAGGACAAAAGCCAAGCAGAGGAAGGGAAAUGUGCCACCUGGCCUGGGAAGUACAACUCUCUGAUCCAGGCACAAGCUCGUGAGCUGUCCCACCUGAGGCAGAGGAUGAGAGAGGGGCAAGGAGUCGGCCAUAUCCUCACCCAGCACCUGGGUGAUACCACCAAGGCCUUCGAGGAGCUGCUGCGGGCCAAUGAUAUUGAUUACUACAUGGGUCAGAGCUUCAGGGAGCAGUUGGCACAGAACUCUGCCCUGGCACAGAGAGUGGUUGCCAAGAUCAGUGGACGCGAACGUGCAGAGAGCCAUGAUGACAAGACAGGCCAUGAGUUGCUUGCCCUAAGGCUGAGUAAGGAGCUUCAGCAGAAAGAUAAAAUCAUCGAGUCCCUCCACACCAAGCUGCAGCACCGUCCAGAGACCCCGUCCAGCUGCCAUGCCCUCUCUGAGACCACCGACCAAUCAGACAGAACGUCCAUGGUGUCCGAUGAGUACAGAACCAAUGAAGACUUGGAGCUGUGCUCCGAUUUAGACUCCAGAGAUUAUCAGGAGGAGCACGGGCUGCAGCAGCCAGGACAAGGAUCAGAACAAGACGUACGUCCAUCCAUCCUUCAUCCUCAUGGCUUCCUCAAGUCCUCCAACAGCUGUCCCAACAUGCAUUGCUCAGCCCCUGUGGGUUUGACCAGUCAGUCCUCUAGAGCCCUUUUCAGUGAGCCUGUCUUCUAUUCCCACUCUGUUCCUUCUGGCCCUGACAUCUGGGGUAAAGAAGUCAUUUCUGACCCCCGGCCCAGGGCCCUGUCUGUGAUCGCUGUUCGCCCAGAACUGGACACGCUGUACAAACAGAUGAAUGAGCAGAACAGGGGCUUUGCAGUUCCACAUGACAAGGCUCUGUUCACUCUCGGACCGGGUGCCCACAUGCAGCACGACUUCUCCAGCUACAGCCAGCAAUCCCAUCAUACCUUUCAACAGUAUCAGCUGGGUGGCAUUCCUGAAGGCCACUCUAUAAAGUCUGACUCAGGUCUAGUGACGGGACAGCCUUUGUGGGACGUUGAAAACAUGGUUCAGCAGAGAGGAGGCUACUCUGGAUCAUCGGGACACCAGCAAGGAAGCGGCCAUGCAGGGGUAAAUUUGAUAGAGGAGCACCUGCGGGAGGUGAGGUGUCUCCGUCAGCGUCUGGAGGAGUCUAUUAGGACCAACGAGAGGCUCCGGCAGCAGCUGGAAGAGAGACUGGCCUCACCUGGGCGUGGAGGAGGGGCACCAACAAACAUCUACAUUCAGGGUCUGGACACCGUCACUCAACUGUCCAAUGAGAUCCGAGUCCUGAAGGAAGAAAACUUGGGUCUGAAGUCACACCUGCAGGCCAACACAGACACAUGUGAGGAGGUGGUGCAGUUGCGGGAGGCGGUGUUCACAGCACGCGCCCGUCUGAAACAAGCAGAGCUGGAGGCAGAGCAGUGGAAAGAGGAGCUAAGACGACUUCAGGCUCACACUCAGGAGCAAGGACAGCAGAUACACAUAUUAAGGCAGGAACGGCAGGCCAGUCAGGAGAAAACAAACAGGCUCCAGCAUGAAGUGUCUCUACUGCAGCAGCAGCUAUGUGAGAGCAGAGAGCUCAUCCACUCCCUGCAGAGUGAACUACAAGUGUAUGAUCGAGUGUGUUCCACAAAGGCCAACAAAGGCUACCUGUGCGAGCUCCCAGGUCUACCGGUGGAGCUGGGAGAGCUGCUCGGCGAGGUAAGGAGCCUGCGGGCCCAGCUGCAAAACAGCGUCCAGGAGAACAGUGCCCUCAAACAACUGGAGCUCCACAAGCAGCUGGAGCAGAAGCUGGGUGUCGGCUCUCCCCGGACCCCCUCCCUCUCCACCCUCACUGCCAGCCCCCAGAGGGAGAACUUCUACAGGCGACAGCUGCUGCACGAUCCGGCUCCGUCUCCACCGGUCAGGGACAUUGGUCUGUUUAACUGUGGAUCUCCCGGUCCUCCCUACUCAGACCUGGACGACAGCCAUAGCACUGCCAAUGCUCUUUUACCUCCAACAGACCCUCUUGACCCUCACUCUGAACUGGAGGGGGAGGCCCCUGACGGGUCAUUUGCGAACCGUAACGGCCGCCACGCCAUUGGUCAUGUGGAUGACUUCAGCGCUCUACAGCAGCAAGUCCUAGAGGGCCGGAGCCUUGUCCAGCGCAUGGAGACAACCCUGCAGGCCUGCCUCAGCCCUCCACUGCUGGAGGGCAACCAGCCGCAGAGCAGUGAGCUGGUCCUGGACUAUGGAUGUGUGAAGAGUCUGCUGUCCAACACUAAGACUCUGAGACAGAUCCUGGAAGAGGCGAUGUCUCUGCUGAAGAUGUUCUGGAGAGCAGCUCUGCCCAGCACUGAUCCCUCCAUCCAUAACCUUAAAAAGGAGCAGUGCAUGCAGGAGGAGAUCUUGUCCCUGAAACUGCGUAUGUCAGAGCAGGAAGAGGUUCUUAAGGGGACGAUUCAAAGACUGAGGAACACCAGCCGCACCAAGGAGAACAUGGAGCACUUCAUUGUCAACCAGUUGUCAAGGACUCGUGAUGUUCUGAAGAAAGCAAGGACAAAUUUAGAGAAGAACGAGCUGAGACUUUCCUCUCUAAGCUCCUCCUCUUCCCCUCCUUAUGCUGCUGAGGACCCAGGAGGUGCUGCCAGAGAGUGGCCUGCUGAUCGCAGUUUCCUGAAGACCAGCAGUGCUCCCGGAGCUGCAGCCAAUCAACGUCCAGCAGCGAGGAAGCGCAGCAGCCAAUGCCUACUUUAGACUUUUGAAAAACCAGCCUCAAUGCUACCACCUCUGACCUCUGACCUCUAUGUAAACACCGCCACCUUCCUUCCAGCCCCCCACAACAGCCUUUCUUGACCCGCCGAACUACCCCAGCCAACGUCAAGCCAUGAGAGUGCUUCCACCUGUCCCUCCUUCAGGCAAUACGUGCGCAGUAUAUUCUGCCCCUUGAGCCUUAUCAAACUCCCUUC